ACUCCCCCGUCCGCUCUCCCGGUUAAAAAGCAAAACCUCCGUAAACCCACUGAAAGCUACUCGCGUCUUCUCUUUCGAGUGGAAUCUCUUUUUUUUUCCCCCUUGAAAGAGAAAGGGGCGAACUAGGGUUAGCACGGGCCAAAUUUGGAAACUAGGGUUUCUUCUAUCCUUCACCCUACAAACGAGGCAAAUUAAGAAGAGAGCGAUCUGAGAUAGUCUGCGAAUUGAUUUGUUUGUAUGGUGCAGAAGCUGAUCGUGAAGGGGGAAAUGGACUGGAGCAGUGACGGUGAUGAUAACCAUGGAUCUGAAAGGGGAACCGGCCGGACGAAACCGGUCCCUCCCCUUAACUCCGCUGCCGCUCCAUCGAACGAGGAUUGGGGCAGUGAUAGUGAUGAGAUCGCCGAGUUGGACUGGGAUGUCCAUGAGGCAGUGCCAUCGAGGGAGGUUUCAGAGGCAGGUCCUUCUCAUACCAAUUGGACAUCCCAUUUUGUCGCGAUGGGAUUUUCUGAAGAACUGGUGGCAGAAGCAAUUAAACAAAAUAGAGAAGGAGACAACGAAGGCAUACUUGAGACAUUGCUUACUUAUGGUGCCAUUGGAAAAUCUCAUAAGCAUGAAGAAUCCCCAGGACAUUGUUCUCCCGCAAAUGACAAAAAAGAUGUAGCUGAUGGUUUCUCCGAAAAGGACAAAAUAGUAUCAACUCUAGUGGACAUGGGUUUCCUUGCUGAGGAGGCAUCUUCAGCCAUUGAUAGAUGUGGUCCAAAUGCCACAAUUUUAGAGCUUGCAGACUCUAUUCAUGCCUCUCAAAUGCAAGAAGAUUCUGGUGACCAGCUAUGGGAGGGUUCUUCUGUAUCCCCAAGUUCUGAUAAUGAUGACGACGAUGUUGAUGAUGAGGAUUUUACAUAUAGUUUCCACAAGGAAAAAAAGAGUAGCGUCUCCGAAUCUGCAAGAAAGAGCAAGAGAAUCCGUGUAUAUGAGAGGGAGAAGGAAAUGAUGAAAAAAUUAAGAACAAACUAUGAUGAAAAUCUACCUCCUUUAGCCAUCCCAAAGCCGAUGAUCGGCUUUGGCCUUCCACUCCAACAACCCCGAAUCUCUCACCGCAAGUUUCCAGAUGCAGCUAUCGGUCCGCCAUUCUUUUAUUAUGAAAAUGUUGCUCCCGCUCCUAGAGGAGUUUGGGAGAGAAUCUCUCGAUUCUUAUAUGAUAUCGAGCCAGAGUUUGUCGAUUCUAAAUACUUUUGUGCUGCUUCCGAAAAAAGGGGGUACAUCCACAAUCUUCCUAUAAACAACCGUUUUCCUCUCCUCCCAAUACCUCCAAAAACAAUUCAUGAAGCUUUUCCUGCAACAAAGAAAUGGUGGCCUUCAUGGGACACCCGAACUCAUCUAAAUUGCCUUGAAACAUGCACAGGGAAAGCAAAGCAUACCGAAAAGAUUCGUUUGUCUUUGUCUCAGUCUGAUGACCCACCACCUGAGAGAGUCCAAAGAUACAUACUUGAGGAGUGCAAUAAAGGGAACCUUGUAUGGGUUGGACUCCACAAGGUUGUUCCUUUAGAACCAGAUGAGAUCGAGACAUUGCUAGGGUUUCCAAGAAAUCAUACAAGAGGUAUAAGCCGAACUGAAAGGUACAAGUCCUUAGGCAACGCAUUUCAGAUUGAUAUUGUAGCAUUUCAUCUCUCAGUGCUUAAAGAAAUGUUUCCUGAUGGAAUCACUGUUCUGUCUAUAUUUUCGGGGAUUGGGGGAGCUGAGGUGGCUCUUUACAGGCUUGGGAUUCGUCUCAAGACUGUUGUUUCGGUUGAGGCAUCCGAGAUCAAUAGGAAUGUAUUGAGAAGUUGGUGGGACCAAACAAACCAGAAGGGGACUUUAAUCGAAAUUUCCGAUGUUCAGCAGUUGAAUGGUGAUCGUCUUGAGCAUUUGAUCCAUACUUACGGUGGUUUUGAUUUGGUUAUUGGUCGGAGCCCUUGCGUCAAUGUUACAGGCAGUGAUCAAUACAGUAGAGAUGGACUGCAUGGAAAGCAUUCUGCCAUGUUUUAUGAUUAUUUUCGAAUAUUAGACCUUGUCAAAUGUAUAAUGGAGAAGAACUAGAAGGGGGAAAAAAUUCUGGGUACAAGAUUUCUCAGCAUUGAAAUUUAGCUGCUCAGGGAGAUUGUACAACCGUAUUAGUGCCAUGGUGUUUGUGCUUUGCUGCUGAGGAUGCUUCUUCAAGAUUCAAGAUGAUGAUUGCAAUUUUCUGAUGGAGUCAGCAAACAUAUGUCUUCCUUCACAAGCACACAGUGUGAUUCACAAUAAUAGUUGGGGUUGAAACUGCCAUGUGACUAUAUCUUGGCUGUGACGAGGCAGUUAUAUCUGCUCUUUAGGAAUUGUUGGAUGAGUGCAUGCCAGAGGGUAUUGCACUUGAGAGUUUGUUCGGCGUUUAAUGACGCCAGCGUUGGCGUCAUUAAUGGAUACCAAAUUUGUAGAAGAGCUCGACAUGCACUUGCUCAUUCCUUCAGAUGAAUUCUAGAUCGACCUGCAAACUUCAACUUGUCAUCGCUUGCCUUCAAACGUGCAAACAUGCUGGUAUGUUGUAGAAUUGGGUUCCCAGCAUCAUUUACUUGCUCUACGGAUGCAACAGAAGAAAGUGCAUUCUACAUGCUAUUCAGCAGCAUUGGAUACACGACGAAAUGAAUAUGCAUAUGAUAUCCUGCUGCGGUCCUAACAAUAAUAAAUCAGACUGCAGUGCGGCUAAACCAUUGGAGAUCUUCAUUUCUUCAGUCGACAUAUUUAGCUUCUCGCUCACCGAUUGGGAAAGGAAAUUGAUAAUGGAAAGAUCCAUCUCGCUGUUGGUAACGGAGUACAAAACUUAUCAGUAUUGAGUCUUGAGAUCUUAACUAUUGUACUUUAAUUAGUUCAAACCACCACCCGAAUCAUAUUGGUAGUGUAGAAAUGAACGGAGGGGCUGUUCGUUCAUUUCUACCGAGUAUUGUAUUAUUGGAAGUGUAGAAACGAACGGGGCUGUUGGUUACA